CACCGUGUCCCGCCUGCCUCCCCUGACUCCCUGCUGCAUGAGGGGCUUCUUGCUGUGGCGAUGUUGGGUUCUGUGGACUCAUAUCUCUCCCACUGGGGGAGAGCUUUCUGAAAACUUCUCCUCUCACCUGUCAGGAACCUGCUGGUAACUGCUGCCAUUGUCUGUGGCUCUAAAUGUCCUCUGCCAUGGCGAAGCGCGAGGCUGGGAGCACCAGCCCAGUGGUGCGUCAGAUAGACAAGCAGUUCCUGGUCUGCAGCAUCUGCCUGGAUCACUACUGCAACCCCAAGGUCCUGCCCUGUCUGCACACCUUCUGUGAAAGCUGUCUCCAGAACUACAUUCCCCCAGAGUCUCUGACGCUCUCGUGUCCAGUGUGCCGGCAGACGUCCAUCUUGCCAGAGAAAGGAGUUUGUGCUUUACAGAACAACUUCUUCAUCACUAAUCUCAUGGAGGUUCUUCAACGAGACCCGGAGUGCUCGCGACCGGAGGCCUGCAGUGUCCUGGAGUCAGUGAGUGCUGCAGCUGCCGGGAAGCCGCUCUGCUGCCCCAACCACGAGGGGAAGGUGAUGGAGUUCUACUGUGAGUCGUGUGAGACGGCCAUGUGUCUGGACUGCACGGAGGCCGAGCACCGGGAGCACGUGACUGUUCCUCUGCCGGAUGUGGUGGAGCAGCACAAGGCCGCACUGAAGACACAGCUGGACGAGAUACACAGCAGGCUCCCUCAGCUGACUGCAGCCAUCGAGCUGGUGAGUGAGAUUUCUCGGCAGCUGAACGAGAGGAAGACUGAGGCGGUGGCAGAGCUCACCAGUACGUUUGAAGAGCUGGAGCGAGCGCUGCAUCAGCGCAAGUCGGCCCUCAUCACAGACCUGGAGAACAUCUGCACCACCAAGCAGAAGGUCCUGCAGGCGCAGCUCUCAUCUCUGCUCCAGGGGAAGGAACACAUCCAGAGCAGCUGCAGCUUCACAGAGCAGGCCCUCAGCCACGGGAGCGCCACUGAGGUGCUGCUGGUUCAGAAGCAGAUGAGCGAGCGGGUGACGGCACUGGCCCGACACGACUUCCCAGAGAGGCCACAUCAGAACGCACAUCUGGACUGCCAGGUGGAGACUGAAGGUCUGCGGCGCUCCAUCCAGAACCUGGGAGUUCUCCUCACCACGGCUGCCGUCGCUCACACCUCUGUUGCCACGGGAGAAGGCCUCCGCCACGCGGCAACCGGGCAGCAUCACACCGUCACCGUGACAACCAAAGACAAGGAUGGCGAGCUGGUGCGGAGGGGAAACGCUGUUUUAAAGGCGGAGAUAACGUCGGCCGACGGGAACCGAGCCGCAGAGACCGAGAUAACGGACAAUAAGAACGGAACGUACGAGGUGGGCUACACGCUGCGCUCCGAGGGGGAGUACUCCUUCGCCCUGCUGCUGUACGGCCAGCCGGUCCGCGGCAGCCCGUUCCGCCUGCGGGCCGUGAAGCCCUCAGACGUGCCCCAGUCUCCGGAUGACGUGAAGAGGAGGGUGAAGUCUCCCAGCGGGACGGGGGGCCACAUACGGCAGAAGGCAGUGCGACGGCCCUCCAGCAUGUACAGCACCACCAAGAAGAAGGAGAACCCCAUCGAGGAUGAGCUCAUCUACAGAGUGGGUUCGCGGGGCAGAGAGAAAGGAGAGUUCACCAACCUGCAGGGAAUCUCAGCCUCCAGCAACGGCAGAGUGGUGGUGGCUGACAGCAACAACCAGUGCAUCCAGAUUUUCUCCAACGACGGCCAAUUCAAGAUGCGCUUCGGGGUCAGAGGUCGUUCUCCGGGUCAGCUGCAGAGGCCGACGGGUGUCACCGUGGACCUGAACGGGGACAUUGUGGUGGCCGACUAUGACAAUCGAUGGGUCAGCAUCUUCUCCUCUGACGGCAAGUUCAAGAAUAAGAUCGGUGCCGGCCGGCUCAUGGGCCCUAAGGGCGUCGCUGUGGACAAGAACGGACACAUCAUCACUGUGGACAACAAGGCCUGCUGCGUCUUCAUCUUUCAGUCCAACGGGAAACUGGUGACUAAGUUCGGGGGCCGAGGGACGUCGGACAGACAGUUCGCAGAAAAACUUGGCCCAAACUUUAAUAAAUCUGGCUCAGUUUUCAGUCCUCACUUUGUCGCUGUGAACAACAAGAAUGAAAUUAUCGUGACCGACUUUCACAAUCACUCUGUGAAGGUGUACAGUGCCGAUGGAGAGUUCUUGUUUAAAUUCGGUUCUCAUGGUGAAGGGAACGGUCAGUUCAACGCUCCCACUGGUGUGGCUGUCGACGCCAAUGGGAACAUCAUCGUCGCUGACUGGGGCAACAGCAGAAUACAGGUGUUUGACAGCACAGGCUCCUUCUUAUCCUACAUCAACACAUCAGCCGACCCGCUGUACGGGCCCCAGGGCCUCGCCCUCACCUCAGACGGACACGUGGCUGUCGCUGACUCCGGCAACCACUGCUUUAAGGUUUACAGAUACCUGCAGUGAGCUGAGGGAGGACACACGCCGCUCAACCUUCAGACAACUUCACGUCACACACACUGCUCGUGGACAUAGAGCUGCAGCGUGGCUGCUCUGUGCCGUGACCCUCGGUUCCACUUAUUAAAUUCUACAAUACUUAGAUCUAAUAUUCAUAGAUGAAAACAAAGAAAUCUGAGAAAAAAAUACAUUUACAGUGAUAACACAAAUCCCAAAAGUUUGUAAAAGACAAAACCAGAUGUUUGAGCUCUAUGUCUCACGAGUGUGACCUCACCAGUCGACAGCCGGACAGUUUUUUAAAGUUGGUGAUACGCUGCAAUUUUUCGGGGCAAAGCCAACGCUCAACUCUCCCAGCGACCAGCAGGUGAAGCGGGUCUGUGUCCUGGUCAGGAGACGAUGCUCAGGCCUACUUGCCCGUCAGUUCGCUCUUAGAAAUUCCCCGUGGUCACUGCCUUACAGUUUCCAAUCCUCACAACAGAACACACACAGUACGACGGAGCACUGGGGCCACUUGAAGAGAAGAAAUAUCUGAGAUAUCGAGAAUAAAGAUUUAUAAAUAUAAUAAGGUAAAAGGAGUUAGUUAGUCAUUUAACGAGAAAAUAAAUGUUACAACGGUUAAGUUGUAAUUUGACAAGAAAAUACUGCACCUUUAUUCUUGUAAAUGUAACUAUUUGAUCUCAUUAAACUUGAUUCUGGAACUCUCUGAUAUUUCUUUCCCUUCGAGUUGCCCUCACACUCCGGGGGUACACCCAGACAGGAAUGUGCUGAUUUAAAGAAAUCGUUUCCGGUUCUCAUUCUGCACCUUAUCAAUAUUAAUUCUUUUUUUUUUGUUACCAACAUGUAUAUGCAAGUUUUUGUUGUUGUUGUUGUUUGUGUAUCCAAAGAGAAGCAUCAAAAAGCACAACAGGUAAAAGAACGGUAAAAGGAAAAUCUGGUUCCUUCACGGCUCCUGUUUCUCGUCUAUCAACCAAAACAAACUUUGUAUAUCUGACCCCACUACUUCUUGCACUUUUUGCGUAUUCAUAUCUACAACCUGACAUUGUUGUACAUAUGCAUAUUUCGAUGUAUAUCUGGAUUUGAUGUCCAUGUUAUUUCACUAUAUAGAAUACUUAUUCCAGCACUUAAUGCAUCAAGGAUUUUAACACUGGAGAAUUUACUAAUACGCUAGAACGUCACGUCGAGUAGUAGCCAACUAAAUUACCUGCAAACUUCAAUGGAACAAUGUUGUAUACACAUUAUUUUGCUGUGUUUUCGCUUCUUAUUUUUGUUCCAAGGGACUUAAUUUAUUUUAAUUUUCUUUUCUACAUUAUUUGUCUAAAUCGGUUCAUUUCGAGCUUUCUCCUCUUUGCCAAAACGUUGUUGUACAUAGGCCUCGUGACCCGAAGCACUGGUUCUCUGUUUCUGACUCUUUCUCAAAAUGAGCUCACAGCCAGGUCAAAGAUAGGCUGUCAAAAGAAAGAUGGACGACGGGUCUCCACUUCCUUCUGGUAUUCAAAAGUGAGGCCAAAAUAUCCUGGACAUGUGUUACGGCUCUGUCGAUAAAUGCAAUCAACCAAACAUCACUGUGAUAAGAGCUACUUAAAAAUGACAGAAACCAUCUUUGAGGAAAAUGUAUUUGACUUACUGCAGCCAGCCACCAGGGGGCAGUCAACACUUUGGCUUCACUUUUCGGGAGCUGACAUGUCGUCCAUCUUUAUUCAGUCUAUAUCAAUUUAACUGUAAGGUUUCCUACUGCCGAAAAAAACACGUUUGUCACACGUUGUUGUUGAACAUUGCACAAAAAUACAAAUAUAAGAGUUAUAGUUUGCAAGAGUAAUAUAUUCCUCUGUGUAUAGUUAUAAUUUAACAUCAGAGUUUACUGUAUAUUACAAACAUAUUCUUCAGUAGCUGACAGGCACCUUCAUCAUGAACUGUUCCAGUAGCUGCUUUUAGUUCAAGGUUUUUUCUGUGACUCCCAGAGGAACACGACACCAGCUGACACAGUGACGUUUUUUUAAACUUGUUUUAUGAUUAAACUGUUCGUGCCUGAACCUUGAUCUGUGAUCAUUUCUGUAUUUCCAUCUGUUUUUCAUACUUACUGGCAAAUUGGGUUUUAUUUUCACUGGCACGAGUGUUUCACCUGGAACCGUCACUGACCAGCUCACAUCUGUGUGAAGUGACGGGAGCACAUUCUUUUAAAAUCAAAUCAAUACCAACUUAUAAGACACUGAUUUACUGAUUACUGCAAAGUGAUUAAGUUUGAAUAUAACUUAACUUGAAUAAACUGUUAAUUUGUUUGUGAUCAAUAUCGUCAAUUUCAUUCAUUUUUUUUUAGUCGGUCCAACAACUUAUACUUUUCCAAUGUAAUUUCAACACUUCAACCAUUUUGUGUUGUCCCACUGUGAACUACAAGAGGCCAGGCUUACAAAGAAUUAAUCACUAUGUAAUCAUGGCAAGGAUUGAUUGUAAAUAUUAAAAGAAUACAACCA